AAAAAAAACACAACCACUCGAAACUAGUCUACUUUAUUACUUUAGUGCGAAAAAAGCGAAUUUAAGGAAAUGCAAUUCGUGAACAGUUGAUUAAUAUGGUUGAUAAUGAAAAGAGCCAGUGUUACCUUGGAGAAUCUUGCUGUGGGUGAGAUAUGGAUCCUCUUCAUUCUGUUGGCAUCAGUUGCAGAGGGAAAGUACACAAAACUGGUUGGAAUGGAUAAGAAAAAAGUCUGUCGAGACAAAAACUCUGUAAUGGUUGAUUAUCUAAAAGAGACAGAGUCAGCAUUGAUAUUAGCCAAGACAGUGGAGUACAAAGAUGCAUCGGAGGCCAAGGACUGCAAUGUUAUCCUGGGUCCCGACAGUGACAGUGACAAACAGUUUCUACUCCUCGAAUUUGAGAGUUUUCACAUGCCUGACUGUGACGUCGAACUCAUUAUCCAUCAGUGUCCAUUUGUUACAUUUGAUCGGGACAUCAUUCUCAUGAGACGUUUGGGCUGUAAGGACAGAAAUCCUAGAUCGUUGAUGACAAAGAAGAAACACAAUGUGAGGUUUAUACUGCACAGAGAGUAUGUGACACCAAAGAGGGUGUACAACUUCAGGAUCAAUGUUACACUCACAGAUGGUAUGAAGAAACAUGAGGACAACAUGUCAUUGGGUCUGAAAAUUGGAAUUGUUGGUGUGAGUGUGAUCGCGGCCAUCAUUGUGGCUAUAAUGGUGUUUAAAGCAGUUCGACUGAGAAUGAUAGUACGACAAGAGUAUCACCAUGAGGAGGAACACGAGACUCAUCACGUCCUUACCAGUCUAUCUAACAGUCGCCAACGUCUCCAGCCGAAUAGCUAUACAGAACUCACUGACCACGGACCUAUGGAUAAUCAGUUCAUGAAUGCAGACCCUCUGAACCAGCACCCAGUGGAGGUACAACUGGCAGUUACAGUCGACGUCCCCAGAGGUAAUGUCAGACAUGUAUCUCCAGCUGUCCCCAGAGGUAAUGACAGACUCGUGUCUCCAGCUGUCCCCAGAGGUGACAACAGACAGCCACCACCAGCAGACCCCAGCGUCACUCACACAUAUGCAAAUACUCACCAGGCAGAACCUCCAAGGGAGGGAACAAGGCCUAAUCCUGCCCUACCCUCGGAAAGACAGCUGUCAGAUUCCCAAGGGCAGGGAACAAGGUCCACUUCUGUCGCACCCCAAGGAAGAAAGCUGCCAGAGUCCCCGGGGGAGGGAACAAGCCUCACUGCUAUCCGGCCAAUAGAGGAAGGGUUGCCAGAGUCUCCCCCCUCCUAUGAAGAAGCUAUUGAUAUGCCAAUCCCCAUCCCUGCUGCAGUAGUUAUGGACGACCCUUCCCCGCUCUAUCAGAAUCUUAACACCACUGAGAGCUGAUAACAGGUGGAAGGUCGCAGGGAACUGAUCUUUCUGCUGGUCAUAUAAAUUGUAACAUGAAAAUAAUAUUAUGUAUCAUCUGA